CGAAAUUAUCUUAACUGAUCUCACAGCAAAGCUUGAUCGUCGUUAAUCAGCUAUCUAAUCACGUAUUCGAAGUGAACACGAUCGUUUUUACAAUAUUUGCUAUCACGUUUCUCUGUUGCAUUUAUAAAUACACGUCAAUCCUGACAUUGUUGCAUCGGUGUAUAUUGUGUGUGUACGACCGGUGAUCACGUCAAAUUAUUGAAAGUAAUUGUCAAUUUGAACUUGUUAAAGCCACAAGAUUCGGCAUUAUGUGUGCGAAAAUGGCUUUUCAGCAUCAGGCUGGCACAGCGAUGGAAUGUUUAAGCAUACCAAUCACCUUGCACAAGGAAACAGAAAUUAACGAAAACGGGGAAGAAGUAAUGAAAUGUGGGUUUAAAAUAGGUGGUGGAAUCGAUCAAGACUUUAGGAAAAGUCCACAAGGAUAUACGGAUAAUGGUAUAUAUGUCACCGAAGUACACGAAGGAUCACCAGCAGCGAAAAGUGGUCUCAGAAUGCACGAUAAAAUUUUGCAGUGCAACGGGUACGAUUUUACGAUGGUCACUCAUAAAAAGGCAGUGUCGUACAUCAGAAAACAUCCAGUAUUAAAUUUAUUAGUAGCUCGCAAAGGUGUGACCAGUACUUAA